GGAAACUCAUGACGUCACUGUUGAUUUCACCUGGGAGUAUAAAAAGGUGGGGACCAGCAGUCAGGGGCACACACCUUGUGAAACAUCAACUAGAGUAACACCAUCACAACCAUGGCUCUUAAACUUGUCCUACUGUUGCUGGUGGCGGCUGCUGGCAUUAUGAAGACUGAGGCUCACCCCCGCUAUAUCGCCAUACCUGUAGAAGAUCUGCGACUGGUGCGGCAAAUACGGUCAGUGCCGGUAUACCCGCAGGCCAGCUCUGCUGCUCACCCCAUGCCCGUGAUAGAACAGCGCUUUGAUGGAGGCCAUGAAAUGUUAGUGGCUGACGGCUCUGACCGCUAUGAGCGUCAGGCUCAUGGAGGCAACGACCACGUGGACUAUGGUGCCUACACUGGUGGCUAUGGUGCCUUUGGCUGGUACACUGACCACCCAGUUUGUAUAAACUGUGGCUACGGCUACCACUAGCGUGUCCUGAGUCCCCUUCCCACGUUGUGCCCCAUAUUGCCCAUCCCUUACUUCCAGGUGAUGAUGUUAUCCACAAGUAGAUGUCACUCCUAACACCUACAGGCAUGUGGUAAUUUUGUAACCUCAUGAGGUGCUGAUGCAAACCUCAAUCCUUCAGCAGACAAUGAAGCUACACUCCCUUACCUGACCCAUAUCAUUCCCCAACAUUUUCAUAGGAUUUGCCACUCUCACACUAACACAGGAUCUACCACAUCAUUAAAGAGGAUCCCUUGCUAAAAAAAAAAAAAGCCCAGCUUUGUCCUUAGCCAGUGUUAAGAUACUUCAAAUGUCUUGCCCAAACCUCUCUGCCCUCCACCCUCACAAUUUGUCAUCCCGUUUGCUUUUCUGCUCUCAUUACACACACUUCUGCUCCGCCAUCUCAAACACAUUCAGUAAACAAUGGGUCGCAUCAUAAAAGUGUGUGUACUUUAGGCAGCAGUUUCUAUUAGCAGUGAGUGGAGGAGAAAGCCAAGUACUGUUGUUUGCUUCUGCUGGCACUGUCCUCAUGGUAGGGAUCAAGAAGAGGGAAUUCAGGUGAGGUUGAGUUAAGUCAGGAGGUCACCACUGUCUGUUGCACACCAACAUACCAAAUCUAGUCCUUGCCAUAUUGCAUUUGUUAAGCAAUUUUUGGCACAUUUAUGUUUCAACUGUUUAUUAAAGUAUUCAUUUUUGUA